GAACAAAUCGCACCAGAGUAAUACCGUGACGGCACGGCAUAGCCAGAGUCUGACAGACUAAAAUCAAUCUCUCGGUGGGAGGAGUGGACGACAAACACUUACUCCACUUCUCUCUCAGUCCGCUUCGUCUCUCUACUCUUCGUUGGCCUGCCUAACAGCUUCUCUCAUACUUCUCCAUGGGAAUAAUCAAUCUCAUGCGUUGAGUAAGCCACCCAAACUCCAGUAUUUCCGAGAACGAGAAAUGGCGGAACAAAUUGUAGCAGCCCCACCAGUAGUUUCUUUUGAUUAUGAAUUAUAUGAAGGAGACCCUGAUCAUCUUAUAACUGUUGUUGCUACGCCGAACCUGGCUCGCCCAUGGAUUGAUCCUGCAUCAUUGAAACUUAAGCAUAGGAUUGGUCGUGGAUCCUUUGGUGAUGUUUGGUUAGCAACACAUCAUCAAUCAGGUGAUGAUUUUCAUCAGAGUCUUGAAGUGGCUGUUAAGAUGUUACCUCCCAUAAAAGAGGAUCAGAUUGAAAAAAUUUUGAGAAAAUUUGAGGAGUUAUUUGUGGAGAUCAAACAAUUCCAAAGUGUUUGUUGGUUGCAUGGUAUCACAAUUAUGUCUGGAAAGAUCUGCAUAGCUACCAAAUUCUAUGAGGGAUCAUUAGGUGAUCGAAUGGCUAGACUGAAAGGAGGAAAGCUUUCAUUACCUGAUGUUUUGAGGUAUGGAAUUGAGUUGGCUAAAGGAAUUCGAGAGUUGCAUUCAAUAGGAGUCCUGGUGCUGAAUCUUAAGCCAACUAAUUUCCUCCUUAAUGAUCAUGACCAAGUGAUCCUGGGAGAUUUUGGGAUUCCAUAUCUACUUCUGGGGACACCACUGCGCGAUUCAGAUAUGGCUUUUAGGCUUGGGACCCCAAACUACAUGGCUCCAGAACAAUGGGAACCUGAAGUAAGAGGCCCAAUAACCUUUGAGACUGAUACUUGGGGUUUUGGGUGUAGCAUUGUGGAGAUGCUGACUGGUGCCCAGCCUUGGUUUGGGAAAUCAGUUGAGGAAAUAUAUCAAUGUGUCGUGAUAAACCAAGAAAAACCACAGCUUCCAAGUGGCCUGCCGCCUGCAGUUCAGAAUGUUAUCAAUGGCUGUUUUGAGUAUGAUCUUCGGAAUCGUCCUUUACCAGCAGAUAUUCUCCAUGCAUUUGAAAGCUCAAAAAAUGCUGUUUGUAAUGAUGGAGAAUGGAUUGGUCUAGGGAGCAGAAUAUUGAUAGACAAAUCAAACAGCGGUGGCUAUUCCACCUGGUUUCUCUCAAAAGACCAUCUCCAAGUGGCUGAUACAGUUAGGUCAAGGAAGGCCCUAAACUCUUGCAGACCAGAAACCAUGGCUGUGACAGAAGGAACUGUGGUUGGGUUGGAGAAGGAUACGGAUCGAAAUGGAUUUGUUCUGGUGCGAAUCCAUGAAAUGCACAAUCCUCGAAGUGUUAACAUUUCGAGUCUAGAGAGGGUCACAUGUGGGUUGGCAGCUGGUGAUUGGGUGCGCUUAAUGGAGAACAGCAAGAAGCACUCGUCUGUUGGUAUUCUACACUCCAUACAACGUGAUGGAAGAGUUGCUGUUGGUUUUUUAGGGCUAGAGACUCUCUGGAAAGGACAUUCUUCUGACCUCCAAAUGGCGGAGCCAUAUUAUGUUGGUCAAUUUGUGAGGUUGAAGGAACAUGUCUUCACUCCCCGGUUCGAUUGGCCUUGUAAAAGAGGUGGGGCAUGGGCCACGGGGAGGAUUUCUCAAAUACUCCCAAAUGGAUGCCUUGUUGUGAGAUUCCCAGGGAGGUUUGUGUUUGGAGAUGUAUCCAAUAGCUUCUUGGCAGAUCCAGCUGAAGUGGAGAGUGUAUCUUUCGACACUUGUCCUGGGGUGGUGGAAAAGUACCAACAUAUUGAGGAUUUUCAUUGGGCUGUGCGGCCAUUAGUAAUUACAUUCAGCUUAUUUACAGCAUUAAAGCUUGGUCUUUUUGUCAGGAAAAAUGUGGGUGCAACACUUAAGAAGGGCCGCAGAAAUCCUCAGGUGCAUGUUGAUGGUCAUGCUCGAGAUGGCCCGACUGGUGGCAAUUCAUCAGCAUGGCUUCCAUCACCUGUUGCUAAUAUCCUCUUCGGAGAAGGUGCUCCCACUACUGCUGCUGCUAGAUAAUCGACCAAACCCACAAGAAGACCAACAUACAUAGUAAUACCGAGGAUCCACAACUACUAUGAAAUGACUGCUUAAUUCUGUAAUGCUGAAAAUGAUGAACUUCCUAUGACAAAUAUGUAAAUACUACAGGUUUUUAUAAGGAUGUGUGAUUAUAUUUACAUGCUCUUUCUGAAAGUGAGUAUUUACUUGUU